CAUAUGUUGUUUAUUUGCACUUAAAUAUUGCAUCAAUAAUCUGAAAAAGAGAAAUAACCUGAUUAUGGCUAGAGCUUCUGAUUAGAGGCUAAGGUUUCUAUCAUGGACUGCUUUCAACUGUUAUAUUUUAUGGCACAGAUUCAGUGGGAAUCUGAUCUGCUAAAAUAUUUGGGCUGUGAAAACUCCCACACUGUGACAGAUGUCAAGUCCAAUUAAGUGACUCAUGUCCAGGUUUCUGUCCAAUAGGAUUUCCCAUUAAAUAUCAAUUUAGGGAAAAAAAUUCCAUCCCCCUUCUUAAGCCUUUAUCUCUUCCACCAUCUCCAGGCUGAAUCAAUUGGUACCAGGAGAGCCAAGAAGCCACACACUCAUCUCUGCCUCUUUGCUCUGGCUCUCCCACCCUCUCGCGUCUUUCUCCGCUUCCCUGUCACUGUUCCUCCGGGAGACGUUCACUUUUCACCAACCUUUCUCCAAACAUCUCCAAGCCACUGACUAUAUAUAUUUUGCUACAAGAGACCUAGAAGAGGAAAAGAGGCACGAGACUUUUCAACACAUCGUUUUAAAAAAAAUCAACAACGAAUUUCCCGAAAUGUUUGAGAACAAUUAAAAGGAAAAGCCGUUUUUGAUCUAUCAACUAAGUGAACAAUCAUUCAUAUCGUCCACAUCCUGAGAUAUUAUCGUCCCUCGCUGUGGACACCAGCGAGAUGACAGCUGCUUUUUCAUUUUUGAAUGUAAUAAAUAUUUGCUGCUUCUAAUAUAUUUCGGAAUUUCUCCCUGCUAGUCCCUGGGAUUUUAACUCUAAAAGAUUGGAGAAAAGAUUAUCGAAAAGGCUUUUACAAGUUUCCAAAAUGAUGCUGAGUCCAGACCAAGCCGCCGACUCGGACCACCCCAGUUCGGCGCCCUCGGACCCGGAGUCGCUGGGUGGCGCGGACGCCAAGGUGCUGGGCAGCGUGUCGGACCUGGAGCCGGUGGAGGAGGCCGAAGGCGACGGCAAGGGCGGCAGCCGGGCCGCGCUCUACCCGCACCCGCAGCAGCUGAGCCGCGAGGAGAAGCGCCGCCGCCGGCGAGCCACGGCCAAGUACCGCUCGGCCCACGCCACCCGCGAGCGCAUCCGCGUGGAGGCCUUCAACCUGGCCUUCGCCGAGCUCCGCAAACUGCUGCCCACGCUGCCCCCGGACAAGAAGCUGUCCAAGAUCGAGAUCCUGCGCCUGGCCAUCUGCUACAUCUCCUAUCUCAACCACGUCCUGGAUGUGUAGGGCCGGGGUCGCGGCGCGGGGCCGCCUGGCCGGGAGUGGGUGAAACGCGGCCAACCCGGGCGGCCGCCGCGGCGAUGGAGGAGGAAGCGGUGGCGCAGCGGGACGGCCGCCGCCACGACCUUGGACCGGGUAGGAGGCUCGCACCGUGUUCUCUCCGGUCGGCAGGGCGACUCUGAAAGGUUUCCGACUCCAGAAGGGUGGGGUUGUCUGGCGAGCCCUGGGGCUUGUAGGGAGCAUUUUCCAGGCAAGGCGAACCUCCUGGAGGCACCGAGAUGAGUGGCCUCCAGGCCUCCCCUCCACGUGUUAGGAUCCCUUUAGGGGUUGUUGCUUUAGCUCACUGGAGACUGAGUUCUCCUACAUUCAUCUCCCACAGAUCUUCAUGUUUUGAAAGAAUGAGGGCAGAAGCUCAGAGUCUGGGCUUCUAACUUUAGACUAUCUGGAUUUUUUCUAACUGACAAAUCACCAAACAUCAUGAGGGGAGGGGAGGGAAUCUCCUCCAGGGCAGAGAUUCAAGACACAGAAAGGUGGAACAGGAAACUUUCUGAUCCGUUGUGAAAAGAAAGAUUAUAUUAGAAUCCAAGUAAAACAGACAAGCCUAGAACAUAUGGUAAGGUUAAAAAGAUACAUUGAGAACAAACAGAUAUUGUGGGAAGAUUUGAGUUUGGUGAGAUUUUUAAACCCCAAGGUCUGACGCUAAUGUAGACAGGAAUAUCCAUAUUUAAAUGGAAAAUUUAAUAUCUGAUUGCUUUUUCAGGCGAAGUGCCCCUUUAUAUAUCCAAAAGCAUCUAUUUGUGACCUUAAACAUGUGGACCCAUAGGUGCAGUUAGAAAAGACAACCUAUUUUUAUUUAUGUUAGAACGAGUAGAGUAUUUUUUUCAAGACACUUAUUUUUCAGAGUGGUGAUAAUUUUUCUUUGGACACUCUGUGCCAAUUUAUUUAUAGUCAAGUGUUUACACUUUCUCCUGUGGAAUAAUUAUGUCUAACUUUUUACGUGUUUGUUGAGAUUAUACUGUGGUCUUUCUUUUUGCUCUAAUUAUAUUGCACUUGUAUAACAAAUUUCCCACAUCUCCCUGUUUCUAAGCAUAUUUUAUAUAUUAAGAUGUUUGUUCCUGAAAGGUUCUUUUGUUGUGAGAUCAGCAACACUAGCACUUCACUGUUAUAGUUUUUUAAAAAAAAGUAAGUGUUGUUAUCCUUAUCUGUAGUUAUGUCUGAAAAGUACUUUGCAAACCGUUUAUAAGGAGAGUAGCUUCUUUGUGUGUGUGUGAUGUUUGUGUGUGGGAUGAUUUUAGGAAAUUAAGUUAUUUUCCUAAAAAAAAAAAAAAAGAAU